UAGAAAAAGGAAAAUAAAAAAUGAAGAAGAGAAGAGAGGAGAAAUGCAUGUUACAGUGAGAGAGAGGGAAAACAGAAAAUUGGAGAAGUUGACCAGAAGCAAUAUCGAAAUCAAUUUCCAAUAGAAUAAAAGUGAUGCCGCAGACAGAGAUCACAGAAGAGAAGAGCAAUAAUGAAAGCAACAAUAAGCAGAAUCUGGUAGAGAUUACUCUCAAAACCAUCGGCCCUUCCCCUUCGUCUCGCCUUCUUGUCCCUUCUCCCAUUAAAGUGCGUGAUUUGAGAAAGUUGAUUGCUGAAGAUCAUCAUCUACCAAUUCAGAAUCUGAGGCUUAUCUUGCGAGGCAAUGUUUUGCAGGAUAGCAAACAUGACGAUGAUGCAUAUAUCAAACUCAGCAACUCUGAUUCACUGAUUGUUGCUGUCAAACCAAAGCCUCCGGCAAAACAUCUUCAUGACGGAUUUGAUUUUGAUGAUGAUGACCUGAAGUUUCAGCUGCCACAGUCAACUAGUCGUUGGAAGAGGAGAAUUUACUCAUUUCUGCAUGAUAAGCUGAAGAUUUCUGAUAUCCUUUUGAUGGCACUUUUCUCUCUCAGUCUGAAGGCAUGGGCUGUGAUUGUUCUGUGGUUCGGUUUGGCACCUGUUGCACAUAGAUGGGACCUUGGACCUUUAUAUAUGCUAGGCACAGGCUUUUCAAUCAUUUUCUUUAACCUUGGACGGCGGCAAGCUGGUGAUCUCAGUGCGUACUCUAUCUUCAAUGAAGACUUUAGGGAGCUUCCUGGGACGCUUAAUGCAGAUCGCCUAGAUAGAGACAUACGGGCUGGUCAGUUAUGAAACACUUCACCCAUCACCUACCUUUGUUAAAAGUGUUUCAAUACUUUACCCACCAACUGCACAUACGUGAACCUGUGCCAGCAAAAUUUUGUGAGAUCACAAAGCAGUGUUUCUUCUUUCCCCUUGUAGCAUAUCUUUUCAAUCUGAUCACCCUUUUUCUUGUAACAAAAAGACAAAAACUUUCAUGUAUGUAAUUGUAGAUUUUAUUUCUCUCA